UAAUUUCCAAGUACAAUAUCAUCAUGCACCACUAUGGAGAAACCACGACCAUCUGCAAAAAUAUGCAAAACAAAUUUGGUAGCGUGGAAAUUGAAGAGAUUUGUUUUUUGUUUAUACAACAAUUUUCUAGAGCGACUUUGCCAUAUUUAAAUGAGAUCGAUGCUAAUCUCAGAAGUCUAAUGUUAGCAAUUGUCAUUGAUGAUAAUAGGGUUCGACGAGGAUUGGGGCAAGCCUUCAGGCGUAUGGCCAACGUUCUGUAUGGUGUAUGCUCGAAGAUCGACGUUGAAUUCAUUCUAAAUCAGAUAUCAGAACUAUACAGAAGCAAAGUAUCCAGCAAAAGCAAUAUUCCGCAAAAUAUCAGAUUCUUACAAGCAGAAGCAAAUCAUUCUACACAACAAUUAGAACUUCAACAACAAAAAUUGGAACAAAACCUCCAGUACUUGCAAGCACAAACAGACCAUACUAUUCAAAACCUUAAUAAAUUGACGUUCCGCACCAAGGUAUUGGAACAAGCAUUAUUAUUUGAACUAGUAUUAAAUAAAUAUGCUUAUGAAACACAGAACCUUAUCUCCAUAAUAAACACAGCUUUAGAUGGUAAAAUCCACACUAGCGUAUUUACUCCACAGCACAUUAUUAAAGAACUUCUUGAAAUUAAGGUAGACUUGCCAAUUGGAAAUACUUUUCCAUUGGAAGUAAAUCCAGAAUCUCUUAAUGAUAUUCUCCGAAUCUCUGAAAAAACUAUAUUCUUUAAAGAUAGUUAUCUUAUCUAUGUAAUAGAAAUUCCACUAAUUUCCAGUGAUGAAUAUAACAUAUAUCAUCCGAUUCCUUUACCCAUACCCCACAGUGAACAAACCAUUUUCUUAGUCGAUCCUGAAAUAGAUUAUUUAGGUGUGACCAGAGACAACGAAAAUUUUAUCACUUUAGAUAACGAAAAGUGGGAAGAAUGUAUAACAUUAAAACCCUAUAGACUUUGUAAAGGUAAUCAGCAUAUCCAACAUUGUGCAGGAGCGAAUGUAUGUGUAGUUUCAUUACUAGUCAAUAACCAAUUUGACCCAGACCAUUGCAAAUUCAAAUUCAUUUCCUUAACAACCCCUAUAUGGCAUCAGUUGGUGCAAACUAAUUCAUGGAUCUAUUACACCCAACCGGAAUUAGGUACCAUCACUUGCACAAAUUCAAUGGAAAAUUCCAAGAUCAAAAUUGAGGGGGUAGGCAGAAUAACUAUACUCCCAUCUUGCAGAAUUAAUUUCAGAAACUCUAUAUUAUUUUCUAAUAAUAAAGCUAGUAGGAAUAUUAAUUUAGAUAUUAUACCAGAAAAUGCUAGAAAUGAACCGUUACACACAUUUUCAGACAUGGUCAGAACAAAAAUUCCUCAGAACCUCACUAAUAAAAUCUUAAUUCAAAAUUUGAACCAACUAACCAAUAAAGCAGUUGAGUUAAAUAAACUUUCACAUACCGUAACUGAGCCUUCGUUAAUUUUCAACAUUGAAAUUCAUGUUAUUGUCAUUUGUAUUAUUUUAACACUAACAAUAUUAACAACUAUUAUAUUAAGUUUUAAAUUAAGAAAAAAUGUCACAAAAUUAUAUAACCCUGAAAUACCAGAAGCAGAACGGUCUAAUGGUACUCAGGAAGACACCAAAGUGUAGUGUAUUUUCUUUUAUUAUACAUAUAUAUUUAUUUUAUUUUAUUAUUAUAUUCAUUUUUUUUUAUUGUCACACUGAACUGACCCCAAAUCACAGAAAAUUCAAAACUUUACAGAAACUUUUAAUUUGGGUGAAACACCGUGGUCAUUGGACCCCCGUGUCUCAUUUAGUCUGGUGGGUGUUAAGAACCCAUGGCUAUUAUACAGUUUAUUUCGAUACAUCUAUAUGUUAAUAAACAUAUAGAAGUAUUUCUUUAUAAUCAAAAUGCAGAGUGUGUGUCGUACGACGCUGCUACCGUGGGAACCGCUGAAUAAGGGUUUUUGAUGUGACACGGGGCACCGUCUCGACGACACACAGGGGGUCAGUCAGUCGUAGUUAGAACCGAGCAUUAUACAUAACGUAUGUUUAACAAGAGCAUUUUACAUUUAUUUUACAAUUAGUCGUAAUAUAACCAGUGUUUGUUUCACAAUAUACAGCUAUACUUAAAUCGUUUUUUUUUACUAACAAUUUAAUAAAAUACAUUCAUUAUUUUAAUAUUAAA